GUGAUAUGUACAUAAGUCGAUAAAAUGCUGUCGUGUACAGAAUAUUCGAUCAUAUUUCUCUCAAUAUUUUUAAUUAUUGUAGUGAGAGCGAUUAAUUAUUCACCAAGGGCUAUAUUGAAUGUAUACCAAAGACCAAACGGUCUAUUUUGGGUGAAGACAUGUUUUAUGUAUGUGGUAUUAUUAGCUAGAAAGCUAAAAAAGAAAAAUAGUCAUAUUUAUCUGGAGCUAGAAAAACCACAGACACUUUCCUAUCAUGAUUUGCCAAUUGAUGGUGUAUACUUUAAUGGUGCUUCAUCCAAUGGCGAUCACCUAGUCGUAGGUACAGCUAGAAGAAAAAAUAAUUUAAUCGAUGCGUUUAUGUAUAUUAAAAUAAAUGCCUCCGAAUUUGGUUUGUUGGAAACCCUCAAACUACCAGACACGUCACUUUAUCAAGAUGAAACUAAAGAAGAAUGGAAUGUGGAAGGUAUCAAAAUCACUCCUGUUGAAGCCAUGAAGAAAUGGGAUGUAUACUACGAUGGCAAAAUGAAGGACAAUAAAAAUACUAAAUAUGAUGUUAAAUUAAGAGCGAGUUGGACCACAAACUUACCCAUAUUCAACUUUGAUCACGAUAUGGAUCCAUGGGCAAUGGCCAAAAGUAUGGCCUAUGAGACUUGGAGUAAAGAGUAUUUCAAGAAUUUAGAAGAGAACCAUCAAACUCACUAUGAGCAACACGGUCAACUUGAAGGUGUAGUGACUGUCAAUGGAACAGACUAUAAACUCGACCUUAAUACAGUAAGAGAUCAUAGUUUCGGUGUGAAAAGGGAAUGGAGGAAUUUUCACAGAUAUGGCCUACAUUUUUUCUCUGCUCAAAAUGGCGAUAGGUUCAGUGUCGGGAUGAUAUGCAUGCCAAUAUCGUUUUCAAGAUUAACCAUGGGUUAUGUGUAUAGUAAGGAAGAUGAUAAGAUUUACCCAGUAUCUGAUUGUGAUCUACAGUUAUAUCAACAUGGAGAAAACGCUGAACCUCCAAAAGACUACGCCUUUUCUUUUUGUGCUGGUGGGAAAAAAUACACAGUUCAAGUAAAUGUAGUGGAUUGCCCAUACUUUUAUUUAAGUAAAGACUGGGAAAGCAAAGUAGUGGAAAGGCUAUGUAAAUUUAAAGUUAAUGGGGUUGAAGGAUGGGGUGCAGCUGAAUGGCAAUAUAGGAACAUACAAGGACGAUUUGUAAAUAAAUAGAUAAAUGUUUCUAGAUACGUAAAAUCUUUAUUCGUUACAUAAGAAUAUAUGGCGUAUGACAAAACAGCAAAAAUAUAUUCAUAUUAUCGAUUUA